AUGACCGACAAGAUCAAGUACGCACAAGUCGAUAGCGACGCCAGCGAGGAUGGCGAGGGCUUCCGAAGACCCGCGCGGCAACACCGAGGAUGGCUCUCAACGCUGAGCUCAUUCCUCCUCGGCCUCGCCACAAUGGGCGCCGUCAUGGCCCUCUACUCCGCCCUCACGAUGCCAACACAACACUCCCACGCGCGCAACCUCCCGCACGCCGCCAACGGCACCGACCCCAAGACGGGCCUCCCCCUGUCCUGGUCCCACGGCGACUGCGGCAACUCGCCCGAGGACGCAAAGGCGCGCGGCUGCCAGUACAGCAUCGUGCUUCACUCGUGGCUGCCCGAGUCGUGCCUCACGGACGACGACGCGCAGGACGCAAAGGACAUGUACCACGGCCGGCACUGGCCGUACGAGAUUGCCGCGGGCAGGAACCUCACCGUGGAGGAGCUGGGGGCGGGCGAUUACGGGCACUUUACGACGACGUUUGACUGGCAUGUCACGCACUGCAUGUACGUCUGGAAGAGGCUGCACAGGAUCCUGAUGGACCCGACGCUGGAGCUGGACUCGUACACGGCAAACUAUCACCACACGAGCCACUGCGUAAAGAUGAUUGGCGGUCACCCAGAGGGCAUGAAGGACUCGGGAACGAAGAUCUUUGUAAAGUAUCCAAAGUGCGCAAAAUAG